AUGAUUCCCCCUUGUGACCCUACCAUUCUAGAACAAAACCCCCAGUUCAAACGGCUAUAUGAGAAUCUCACAACAAAUCUAUUGAACCCGGAUGGCUCGACUUGUGCCCACACCGCUGAUCCAGCGCGGAGGGCUGUUGUGGAUGACUUGAAGCAAUGCCAGCUCCGAAGCGCAAAGAAGAGGAUUACAGAGCACACACUCAAGCAGCUAGCUUUCACAACGGACAGUGGACUCUCCGACGAGUGCCGUGAUAUCCUCGCCCUUAUAGCAAUAUACCUCGAAACACCACGUUCCGCAAUAGACCCAGACACACCACAAGAUGACCCCUCGCAACCACAACCCUCGGACGACACGCUCACCCUCCUCGCACCAACAAUCUCCUCCUUCUACACCCAAAUCCCAACCUUAAUAACGCCCUUCUCAACACUCCUCGCUAACACCCUCAUAAUACUCCGCGCCCUCUCCGCAACACCAGACACAGAGCCGACGCAAACCCCCGCCCCUCCGUCUACAAACCACCAGUCCCGCACCCGCGCUCGAGACCGCCGCGUGCGUGCCUCGCUAGCACCGUCUCCCCCUCUAGCGGCGCAGCUCCGUAAACGGGUCGACGCACUGCGCGCUGCGCAGCUCUCAGAGCUCCCCGCGACAAGGAGGGAUAUGGCCUCGACAGCAGCGAGGGUUAUGGCUGUGCGGGCUGCGGUGCUGGAGCGUGUGGUUGUUGUGCUGGAGAGGGCGAAGCAUGGGGCGCUUGCGAGGGGUGUCAGAGCGCGGGCAGAGCACCUGGCGGUCGUUGCGCAGGGGAUUGAAGGGAAAGUUGAGGUGUCUAAGCUUGAAAUUGCGGCGGCGCUGUAUACGCCUGAGACACUGGGUGCGUUAGAUCGGUACCGAGUGCAUUUGCGGGAGUCGAGGGCUCGUCUUGAUGAGCGGAGGGUGGUGGUUGUUGAGGAGUUGGAACGGGGGUUGACGGAGAUUGCGGGUCGGUAUGGAGAUUUGGUUAAGGAGGUUGAGAAUGCACGGAUUGAGAUUGCGAGGUUGGGAGAGUAG